CGCGUCCGGGCGCCCCCCCUCGCGCCCGCCCUCACCCCCGUCGCGCCGCCCGUGGUCGCCGGGCGCCAUGGUGACGGUCUGGCAGGACAAGGACGACAAGUACUGGCGGCGCUGGCGGCGCCUCGGCCCCAACACGAACAUCACCCACGUCGACCAGUGCGCCGACGACGACGAGGCGUCGAUCUGCGGAACUCUGACAAAACGAUGGUGGUUCGGCUUCUGGCGGCGCGACGUCUACGCCCAGCUCUGCGGCGGGGAGCUGAGCUUCUUCGCGAGCGAGGAAUCGGACGGCGUCCUCGACGCUUUGGAGCUCGCGCCGGCGUGCCGCGUGGAGAUCGCCAGGGGUUCCGUCGUGCUGCUCCCCGACGGCCCGGCCACGAAACACUUCGCCGCGAUCGUGCUCGGGUGCAAGUUCCCCGCGGACUGCGAGCUCUGGCGCGCGCUCCUCCGACGGGCGAUCUCGCGCCGGGCCAAGAAGGAGACGAUGGCGCGCGAGAAGAAGGGCGACCUGCGCGACUUCCUCGGCGCGCGCGAGGCGACGGCGCGGCGGGGGCCGGACGCGGCGCCCUUCGAUCCCUGGAAGUGCUACGACCUCGUUCGGACCGCGGGCGCGGGCUCCUACGGCGUCGUCGUCGAAGCUUUGGACCGGGCGACGGGCCGCAAGGUCGCCAUCAAGAAGGUCAUGCGCGCCUUCGAGGACCUGACGGAGUGCCGGCGCCUGGCCCGCGAGCUGCGCCUCCUCCACUCCCUGAGCCACCGCAACGUGCUCCCGGUCUACGACGCGUUCCGCCGGCCGGAGACCGACGACGUCUUCCUCGUGUCGCGGCUCUGCGACAGCGACCUCCACGCGAUCAUCUACGCGCGCGAGUCGCCCCUGUCGCCGCGCCACGCCCGCGUCAUCGCCUACCAGCUCCUGGAGGCGCUGCGCCACGUCCACGCGGCGGGCGUGUUGCAUCGGGACCUGAAGCCGUCGAACGUCCUCGUCGACGAGGACUGCGACGUCGUCUUGUGCGACUUCGGGCUCGCGCGCGCGCCGCCGCCGCGGGAGGCGCGGGUCCCGUUGCGGCGGCCCGCGUCGCCGGCGUCGGACGGCCACCUGCUCACGGAGUACGUGGUCACGCGCUGGUACCGAGCGCCGGAGCUGCUCCUCGCGAACGGGUCCUACGACGGCGCGGUCGACGUCUGGGCCGCGGGCUGUAUAUUGGCGGAGAUGGUGCGCAAGCGGCCCCUCUUCCCGGGCAAGCACGUCGCGCACCAGGUCGAGCUCGUCGUCUCCGCGCUGCGGGCGCUCGAGCCGGCCGACUUCCCCGCGGCGUUCGAGGGUUUGACGAAUUCGCGCGCGCGGAGCUUCGCGGAGCGCGUCCGCGCGGACGCGUCGCGGCCGCCCACCUGGGCGUCGCGCGUGCCGGACCUCGACGACGCGGGCGUCGACGUGCUCGCGGCGCUGCUCCGCUUCGACGCGGGCGACCGCGCGACGGCGGCCCGCGCGCUCGACGCGCCCUACUUCGCCGCCGCGCGCGACUACUGCAAGAUCCACCUCGCCCGGCCCGCCCUCGACCGCACGCCCCUCGACGCGUCCAUCGGCUCGAACGCCAGCUGCCUCUGCGAGGACGACGUCGACGUCGACCUCGGCGACGUCGAGGCCGCGGCGGACGUCGACGCGCUCAAGCGCAUCCUCGUGGCGCGCGAGUUCAAGCGCACGGACCCCGCGUGGUGAUGCGUAUACUAGGAUGCC